AUGGCUACACAGAGCACUCGCACCGGCACCCUGGGCACCCCCCUUCGAGUCGUGACCAACUCUUACGAGAUCAAGAAACGUCCGCAACUCAUAUACUACCACUAUGACGUCGGUAAGCAUAUGCUUCUUCGCAACUGGCCUGCGCAUUCUGAAAAUGGCCAAGCCAUUUCUCCCGACGUCAAGGUAUCGCGGCGCGCACACGAGAUUGUCGACAAGAUGCAGCUGGAAUACCCGAAUGUCUUCAAUCCCCGAGCGGCCUACGACGGGAAGAAGAACCUCUUCGCGCCCAAGCCAAUCCAGAAUGCAGAGUACAAUGUGCAUAUGUCGAAUAACCCAGAAAAGGGUGUCUUUUCCGUGAAACUUAUGCGUGUCGCAGCGAUCAGUCCCGCCGAUAUCGACCGGUUGAUAGCUCCCGGAGGCGCAGGCGCCGCGGCGAGCACGAUGGCAGUAAAUCUGCUGCAGAUCAUCAUCAGGCAGGCCCCUAACAAGCGGCACGGCUUCCCUCCCGAAGCGCGCUCGUUCUUCGUAAAUCAGGGCAACCAAGAGCUCGCCGGCGGCUUGCAGGCAUGGCACGGAUACUUCCAGAGCGUGCGGCCGGUGCUCAACCGUCUACUGAUUAACGUCGACGUCGCAAACGCUGUUAUGUACUCCCCCGGGCCGCUGGAAGGCCUCGCCCUCAAGUUCCUCGGCAGACGCGAUAUACGCGACCUCGACUCCGGGCGCCUGCGCCCCGGCACGCAGGAAUGGAUGAAGCUGCGCACCUUCCUCAAGGGUGUGCAGAUCCGGCCCCGCGUCGGCACGGACAGGCCGACGACGAAGGGCCGGCCCAUCAGGGACAUCGUCGAACGAGCAGGCGACCACCAGUUCGAAAAGGACGGCACGCCGGCAACGGUCACGGCCUACUUCAGGGAGAAAUACGGCUACGCGCUGCGGUACCCGGGCAUGUUCGGCGUGCGCAUUGGGAAGGAUGCGGUGUUCCCCGCCGAGGUGUGCGAGGUGAUCCCCGGGCAGCUGUACAGGAAGAAGCUGUCUCCGGAGAACACGACGCAGUUCCUGCGCUUCUCCGUGCAGAAGCCCCACGAACGCCUCAUGACGAUCACCAACGGGGUGAACGGCCAGAACCAGGUCUUCGACUACAACAACUCGGACGUCAUGAAGACGUCCGGGAUGGUCGUGGACUCGCAUCCGAUCCAGAUUCGCGGUCGCGUGCUCAACACGCCGCAGAUCCGCUACAAGUCUGGCCCGCUCGACAUCAGGCCGAAGAGCGGUGCGUGGAACGUCCUUGGGCGGACGCUGCAGGAGCCAGGCACGAUUAACGUGUGGGCCGUCGCGAUGUUCGAUCCGAACACAAGGGAGGACGUCCUGGGGAAUUUCGUGACACAGCUCCAGGACAACCUGCGGAAGCUAGCCCGUGCAAAUCCCUAUCAAGUCGAGAACGAAUUGUUAACCAUUGCGCAGACUGCGGUGCAAGUCGCCGAGUACAAUCGACCUCCAAGCCUAAUUCUGGCGUUCCUUCCUGUCAACGCACCCGACAUCCGUCGGAGGAUCAAGCACUGGGGCGACGUCGACAAGGGCGUCCCAACCCAGUGCCUGCGCGCGGGGAAGUGGGAGCGAGCCAGAGACCAGUACAUAAACAAUGUUGCGUUGAACUCCAGACCCCAGAUUACCAGAAUCAAUGCCAAGCUCGGCGGCGUGAAUUCAGCUAUCAACGCUAAGCUCCUGCCGCAGUGCACAAUGGUCAUCGGCGCGGACGUUGGCCAUCCUGGGCCCGGCAUCAUGAACCGCCCGUCCGUCACCAGCUUGGUCGCCUCCGUCGACCCGGACGCUACUAAGUAUACGACAUAUGCGAGUGUACAGGCGCCCCGCGUUGAGAUCAUCCAGGACCUGGAACAGAUGGUCACGAGGGCUAUUAGCGAUUUUAGGAAGUUUUGGGAUAACAAGGCCUGGCCAGAAAUGAUCGUCUUCUAUCGCGACGGCGUCUCGGAGGGCGAAUACGCACAGGUGGCACAGCAGGAGGUCCAGGCAAUCAACAAUGCCUUGCUCAACUACCGAGCUCUGGCGCCGGACGGCCAGGAAAGGAACCGCUGGACUAAGGAGUCAAAGCCCAAGCUCGUCUUCAUUGUUGUGGGCAAGAGGCACCACAUACGAUUCUUCCCCGAGAGUCGCGGUGAUAGCGAUCACGCUGACAGCUCUGGCAACUGCCCGCCAGGCUUCGUAGUCGACGACCAAAUCACCAAUGCAGUGUACCCUGAUUUCUACUUGCAGUCUCAUAGCGGGAUACAAGGCACGAGUCGACCCAGCCACUACAUUGUCAUCGAGAACGAGCCUGGGGCGACAAUUGACCAGAUACAAGAGCUAUCGUUCCGACUGUGCCAUGUCUAUCAGAGCGCCACCCGCUCGGUGUCCAUCCCGGCUCCCGUCUACUGGUCGCUCACCCUUUGUGCAGAUGCGGACCGUGUCUGUGCGCGGGCGGAGUUCCACUUCACGGAGGAGAUGCGAUACGGCGACUCGGACGCGGCGACGACCGUCAGCGACAAGGACGCCCCGUUCCCCCUCGAACAGUGGCAGCAGGGCUUCAGGCAGUCCUUGCUGGGCAAAGCGAUGUAUUUCCUCUAA